GUUUUCUUUUCCAUCUUAUCCUCUAAAGAAUUGUUCAAUUGUAACAUAAAUGGCUCAUUCCGUGACUCCAACGAUAACAAGCAAGGAAGAAAGUCAGCAAUUAAUGGCAGUGUGGCCGGACGUUAUUCGUGAUAUCAAAGAAGCGAUUGAAAAUUGUAACAUUCCAGAUGUUGCAAAAUGGAUGGAAAAAGUACUACAAUAUAAUGUUCCACAUGGAAAGAAAAAUCGCGGUUUAGGGCUAGUUUAUGCCUACAAAUUAUUAGUACCAAGUGAUCAACUGACAGAAGAAAACAUUCGUCUAGCCAGGAUUUUAGCAUGGUGUGUGGAAUUGAUGCAAGCUUAUUUCUCCAUAAUGGAUGAUAUAGAAGACCAAUCGUUAUUUCGCCGAGGCCAAUUAUGUUGGUACCGAUACGAUGAUCUCGGUUUAGCAGCAAUCAACGAUUCUUUUAUGUUACAGGGCUCUAUAUUUUAUUUAAUUCAAAAACACUUCAAAGGAAAAGAUUGUUAUGUUAAGCUACUAGAAAUAUUCCAGGAUACUAUAAUGAAGGCAGCAAUGGGCCAAAGUUUAGAUUUGCUUUCUACUAAUUUUGGUAACAGACCAAAUUUGGAUUUAUUUACGAUGAAUCAAUAUAAUUCCAUUAUCGAAUUCAAAACAGCGUAUUAUUCAACUUGUUUGCCAGUAAUUGUAGCAAUGCAUUUAGCUGGAAUAAAAGAUCAAGAGAUGUUCAGGGAAGCAACAACCAUCUUAACAGAAAUAGGAUGUUUGUUUCAAAUUCAAGAUGAUUAUUUGGAUUGUUAUGGGGACUUUGAAAUCUGUGGCAAAGAUAAUACUGAUAUCCAGGAAGGGAAAUGUACGUGGUUUAUUGUUGAAGCGCUUCAACGCGUUACUUCACAGCAGCGUAAAAUAUUAGAAGAGUCUUACGGAAAUUUGGAUCGAGAGAAGGUACAACGCGUGAAACAAUUAUUCAGUGACUUAAAUUUGUUGGACGCUUAUUUCAAAUACGAAGAAGAAACAUAUAAUUUGAUAAAUGUACACAUAAAGCAGAUGUCGUCCGGACUUCCACACAAUAUUUUUUUUGAUAUGUUAAAGAAAUUUUAUCACAGAACGUCAUAAAUAACUAUAUAUUAA